AUGGAUAAGGUCAAUUCUUCAGUGGUGUCUGAGUUUAUAUUGCUGGGACUCUCUAGUUCUCAGGAACUCCAACUUUUCUUGUUUUAUUUGGUGUUGUAUGUGGUGAUUGUGCUCGGAAAUCUUCUCAUUAUCAUCACAGUGACUUCUGAUAUCAGCCUGUACUCCCCCAUGUACUUCCUCUUGGGAAACCUUUCCUUUGUUGACAUGUGUCAGGCUUCUUUUGCUACCCCUAAGACGAUAACAGAUUUUCUGAGUGAACACAAGACCAUAUCCUUCAGUGGCUGCAUAGCCCAAAUUUUCUUCAUUCAUUUUUUUACUGGAGGGGAGACGGUGCUACUUGUUUCCACGGCCUAUGACGGAUAUGUAGCCAUAUGCAAACCUUUACACUAUGUGAUUAUCAUGAGCCGAAGGACAUGUACUGUCUUGGUAAUAACCGCCUGGGCGGUGGGCUUGGUGCACACAUUAAGCCAGUUAUCAUUUACCGUGAACCUACCCUUUUGUGGACCUAAUGUAGUAGAUAGCUUUUUUGGUGACCUUCCUCGAGUGGCUAAACUGGUUUGCCUGGAUUCUUACAUCAUUGAAAUACUCAUUGUGGCCAAUAGUGGGAUUCUUUCCCUAAGCACUUUCUCUUUCUUGGUCAGUUCUUACAUCAUUAUUCUUGUCAUGGUCUGGCUCAAGUCUUCGGCUGCAAUGACCAAAGCAUUUUCUACACUGGCUGCUCAUGUCAUGGUAGUAAUAUUAUUCUUUGGACCUUGCAUCUUAAUCUAUGUGUGGCCCUUUACCACCUAUCCUGUGGAUAAAGUUCUUGCCAUAUUUUACACCGUUUUCACUCCCAUUCUAAACCCCAUUAUUUACACACUAAGGAACAGGGAUAUGAAAGCUGCCAUGAGAAAAAUUGUGACCCGUUACCUGAGGCCAAACAGAAUUUUUGAAAUGCCACUAAUAGUGAGUACUCUUUAUUAA